AUGCUCUUGAACCACUUCUUCCUCAUCCUGACUGGUGCACUAUACUGCCAAAGCAAGGCGACAGCAAACUUGGAGCAGAUUCUCCCUCGCCAGGACACCACUUUAGUGGCUGGACCUGACGUGUGUAGAGAUCCUGACAUAGACACAGAUCCGCAAAAAGCUUUCAAUGACGCCAAUGGCAUUGAUCUGAUUCUCGAUGUUAUGGAACAAAUCGGUUCACGUAAGUAUAUAACAGAUGCUCUAGAAAGAGAAGCUGACAGUGGACUAGCUGCUGGGUUUCCAUCUCUUCUUGUCAGCCAGAUCGUAAAUGAUCCAUCCUUCGUCUUUGACUGUACAGAUCUCUCGAAACCCGGGAAUUGCCGGGCGCCUACUGGUCCGGUCGAGACAGGAGGGCAGGUCUGUACUGAGCUCAAAACCGGUGUUACGGGCAGAUCAACCGACGCUGGGGUUGUCGUUAUCCAGUCAUACGUGAGGAUGUAUGGCUUCUUGCAUAAUUCUCUUAUUGCUAUAGACGCAGCAAAAGCCAACAUUGAGUCUUUAAAACUAUUAGAUGCCAUGGCAACGGACUUGAAACCUAAACCAGAUACCGCCGGCAAGAUUCUUGUCGAAAUCCUUGAGAUAGCGAUUGGUUUCAUCCCUAUUGCUGGACCUGAGCUGUUGGUCCUCAGAACCGCUGUGAAGGUCGCAACGAAGAUCGCCAAGUCAGUGACGAAAAAAAGUCUGAAAGAUAAGGAUGAUAAUCAACCUCCCACCACAGCAGAACUGCAGUCGUAUCUCGACCAGGUCGCGACGGAUUUCAAGAAUGCAAUCACUGAACAACACGCGCAGAUGUUUCUUCUGGAAAACACGGAUGGCACUGGCAGGGAUAAUUCCCAGGCUAAGUGGCUGGACCAGGGCACUCAACUAGCUCUGAAGGUUACAGCGGAUCAACUUACCUCGAACAUCGAGACUAACCUGGUCGGUAUUAUCACGAUCUUAUGA